AGCCUUAUAUGAAACCACACAUUGCUUCAAAUGAGUGUGCUCAAGUGAGACUUGCCAGAAUGUCCCCAGUCAAUAGCUCAUGGAUUCACCCCUCAUCAUUCCUGCUAUUGGGAAUCCCAGGACUGGAAAACAUACAGCUCUGGCUUGGUCUCCCAUUUGGUGCAGUGUAUCUGAUUGCCCUUCUGGGGAAUAUUAUCAUCCUGUUUGUGAUCCAGACUGAGCAGAGCCUCCACCAGCCCAUGUUCUAUCUAUUGGCCAUGUUGGCUAUGACUGACCUGGGCCUGUCCACUGCCACCAUUCCCAAAAUGCUGGGCAUCUUCUGGUUUGGCCUGAGCAAGAUUGCCUUUGGUGGCUGCUUAGCUCAAAUGUUCUUUAUACACAUGUUUACAGGCACUGAAGCAUUCAUGCUUGUGGCCAUGUCUUUUGACCGCUAUAUGGCCAUCUGCCACCCUCUCCGGUACAACGCAAUUCUCACCAGCAAAAGGAUUGGUAUCAUUGGUGUAGCAGGGAUUCUGACAAAUGUCGUUUUGCUUAUUCCACUAGUAUUUCUCCUUCUGAGGCUUUCAUUCUGUGGACAUUAUAUUAUCCCCCACACCUAUUGUGAACACAUGGGCAUUGCCCGUUUGGCUUGUGUCAGUAUAAGAAUCAACAUAUUAUUUGGAUUAAUUCUUAUUUCUAUGAUUCUUUUUGGUGUUAUUUUGAUUGCUAUCUCCUAUGUGAAGAUUCUGCAUAUUGUUUUCAAGCUCCCUUCCUUGGAUGCCAGGCAUAAGGCUUUCAAUACUUGUGGGUCCCAUGUGUGUGUCAUUUUAGUUUUCUUCACUCCAGCAUUUUUCUCCUUUAUGACCCAUCGAUUUGGUCACAAUGUCCCCCAUUAUAUCCACAUCCUCCUGGCUAAUUUAUAUGUGAUCAUUCCGCCUUCUCUUAACCCCAUUAUUUAUGGAGUGAGAACCAAGCAGAUCCGAGAUCGGGUGGUGAUGAUCUUCCUUUCUAAAGAAAUCUGAUUCUAAGUACUUCAUUUGGAGAAAUUCUUUACGUUUUACUCUUUAUUUCUUGUCUUCCUUCAAAAUGGGGAAUUUAAGAGCCAUCAAGUUUUUCUGGCCUAAAUGCUUUGUAUGCUAUGUUGUUAAACACAAUGUUUCCUUUCUGGCGUGCAAUAUAACAUUGAAGAUAAAUUUGCAUAGGA